GUAAAGAAGCAUCUUCCCCCCGUAAAUCACGUGUUUGGCCAUAGGGACCUCUUGCCCGUAUCAAUUUCGUUUAAUAAUUCCAGCAAACAGAAGAGAAGACAUCAACCAACCAACCAAGAGAGAGCUCUCGACUGCACUCCCCAGAUCCACAAUCCCUUUCGAAGGAUCCAAACCAUGUCUUCCUCCUUCAGCGGCGAUGAAACUGCUCCCUUUUUCGGGUUCCUCGGCGCUGCUGCCGCUCUCGUUUUCUCCUGCAUGGGGGCAGCUUACGGAACCGCAAAGAGUGGGGUGGGAGUGGCGUCGAUGGGCGUGAUGAGGCCGGAGCUGGUGAUGAAAUCCAUCGUGCCGGUUGUCAUGGCUGGUGUGCUCGGUAUAUAUGGUCUGAUUAUUGCCGUGAUAAUCAGUACCGGGAUUAACCCUAAGACCAAGUCCUAUUAUCUGUUUGAUGGGUAUGCGCACCUCUCUUCCGGUCUCGCUUGUGGUCUUGCUGGCCUUUCUGCCGGAAUGGCCAUUGGAAUUGUUGGAGAUGCCGGCGUCAGGGCUAAUGCACAGCAGCCGAAGCUUUUUGUUGGGAUGAUCCUUAUUCUUAUUUUUGCUGAAGCUUUGGCCCUAUACGGGCUCAUUGUUGGCAUCAUCUUAUCUUCCCGAGCUGGCCAAUCCAGAGCAGACUAAAGAGGAGAAAAGAGAAGGAUGGGUAUCAUCAUCGUCAUCAUCAUCAUCAUCAUCAUUGUAAGUUGUGUGUUUCUCUUUGGAAGCAGAGAAAGAAAUGAGAUUCUUAUGAAGGUCAGAACCCAGAAGCUUUAGAUGUUCCAGUGCAAUUCUUCAUUCUUGAACUCUCAUCCCUUAACACGUGUUUAUUUUGCUUGUUUCUUAUUGCUGUAGUAAAUUUAGUAACUGCUCAGUUUUCUGCUAAAUAAACAUGCAUUCACCUCUACAUUUCCUUGUAUUGCGAUGUACUUUGGUGUUUUAAUAAAUAAAAAAAAUGCAUAUUUCAAUA